UCUAAGAGUGAGUCGUUUGAGAAGGAAAGAGUUCGAAAAGAUCAUAUGCGUAAGCAGGUCACACAUUCAAAUAUUCAAACGCAUUAUGCAUAAAAUACAUAUGCAAUUAAUGAGAAAUAUUCUCUCCGCGAUUGGGCCUUUCUUUGAGUGAAAUUCCUACCACACAGUCAAACUUAAUGACAUGAUUCAUGUUUGCAUGUUAUCUACAAGGGAAAAAGGUUGAUUAUUUAUAUCCAGGAAUGUAUCAACUUGGUAUGUAUGUAAGUAGUUAAAAAACGCAACCUUUUUCACACCACAGAAACCAACGUUUACCUUACAUGUAAACUUCCUCCUUAGCAACACCGAGUAAGUAAUAAUAUGUAACCGAGUAGGUAAUAUGAUUAGCCAAUCCUACCCAAAAAAAACAUUUAAAAAACUGUAGUUUUCCAAGCAAGAAAUCAAAUUAAAUUUGUCGAAGGGCAACAAUCUUUUGCUAGUGAAAAUUUCAAAUACAUGGAUCUGAACCCUGGAAAGAAAGAGGAGUGAAUGUACCACAUGAAUUUUUAGCGAAUUUUCGUAAAUCUACAACUCACCAAGUACGAUAAAAAAUGGAUGUGAAGGUUGCAAAAAAAUGGGACUGUUCAGAGUGCUCAAAAUCGUUUAAAGCCAACAAAUACUUGACAAAACACAUGGUCACGCACGAUCCCGAUGCCAAGGUCAAAUGUGAGGUUUGCGGCACAUUUUCCAAAAACAGGAUCGCCUUAUCUUCUCACAUGAGGACUUUUCACAGCAAUCGAAAGCGACCAAGUUGUGACACGUGUCACCGGGUGUUUUUCGAUCUUCGCUAUUUACGGAAACAUAUUGACACCGUCCACAGCACGAUGGAUCGACCUCGUUUCCCAUGUACAUUUUCCGGCUGUGAGAAAACCUUCCUAAACAAGGGAUACAUGGCGCACCACGUGAAAACUGAACAUGCCCAGAAUCCGGCCCGAUUUCCGUGCAAACUUUGCGGGAAGGAGUUCAAAACGAGGAGUCAUCUUAAGCAGCACAUUCCCAGCCAUACGACGGAGAAGCCGUACAAUUGUGCCACUUGUGGGAGGGGUUUCGCCCAUAAGGGACAAAUGAAAAAUCACGAGAUGACGCAUUUCGGUAAAUCUGCCCGAGACGUGUCAAAGUGCCACCUAUGUCCUAAGACCUUCUUAACUAGGAAUGGGCUACAAGGCCACAUUCGAGUUGUGCAUGAAAAUCAGAGGAAUUAUCCGUGCACAUUUUAUGACAAGAGAUUCUCCAUCUCGUCCCAUUUAAAGCGUCACGUAGAGGCAAAACACCCCGCGAAUAAGGAGCUGAUUCAUUCCUGCGACAAGUGCGAGUACAUGAGCCAUUCGAAACACAAUUGCGCCGCUCACAGAAUGCGUCACAAUGCAGCUAGGCAGGAAUGUUACUUUUGUGUUAAGAAAUUCGUCACUUUAAACGAAUUAGUUAAACAUUAUCGAGUUCAUACUUUAGAGACGUGAAAAUAUUGUUGGAAAUUUAGGAAUUAUGUACCAGAUUUGGGUAUUAUGUAUUAUUAUUAUAAUUAAAUUUGACAUAUGGAAAAUUUUUGCAGAGAUUGAUAUGAUUUUAGGUACAAAUUUAUCUAGCAACUGGACAUAUAUUAUUUCGCUAGAUUACUCCUUAAACUUUAUUCCUAUAAAUACAUAUUCGAGAUUUAUUUAGCUACGCUGUUGUGACUUAGUCCACUUUAAUGUGCUUACGUCAAAUUUAAGACUACUCAAUUCUUCAGGAUUGCUGAUUUUAAUUAGCGAAGUCUGUAUACGAUGAUAUGUAAGUGUUUAAUAUGUUUAUAUGUACAUUGGUUUUGCGUAAAUUGAGAAUAUUUCUAGUAAUUAAGCACAUUUAAUGCUUUAUGAUAUGUAUAUAUAAUGUACAGUUAGAGGAAAAAGUUUGCGUACGAGAUGUUUCAAGAAUUUCAAUCCGUUGUCAUUUAUUCA